CAGCUGUCAACUUGACAAGUGACAGCCGACAUUGGCGCGUCGUUUUUAGGAUUCACGCGAUUUUCUUGUGAUUUUUGCAUGGAAGUGAUAUACGCGUUAGACAGUGUGUGAUGGUGUUCGCUUAAAAAUCAGAUAGUGCAGCCGUUUUGGAAGAAAUGGCGAACAUUAAUCUGGACAAAGAGACCUUCCACCGGCGUCUUAAGCGUCUUUACACAGCAUGGCUGCAGCCGGAAGGCGAGAACGGCUUAUCCAAAGCUGACGCCCUUGUUACGGCGGUUGGAAAGGACGAUGAUAUUCUUUACAGCAAGUCAGGUGCACUUCAGACCUGGCUCUUUGGCUAUGAACUUACAGAUACCAUCAUGGUUCUCACAGAGAAGAAGGCUUACUUCUUAGCGAGUAAAAAGAAAAUUGAUUUCUUACGUCAAGCAGAGAGUAAAGAUGAAAAUCACACACCUCUGGGACUGCUUGUUAGAGAUAAAGAUAGUGAUGUAGCCAAUUUCAAGAAACUAUGUGAAGCAAUUAAAGAAAGCAAACAGGGAAAAUCUGUAGGAGUAUUCUCAAAAGAUAAUUAUACUGGACCACUCAUUGAUUCCUGGAAAGCAGCUUUAAAAAAAGAAGAGUUUCAGACAAUUGAUAUGAGUGCAUAUGUAGCUUACAUUAUGUGUCCUAAAGAAGACUCUGAAAUCCUAACAAUCAAGAAAGCUUGCAUGGUCACUGUUGACGUUUUUACAAAGUACUUAAAGGAUCAAAUUAUGGAAAUUAUUGAUAGUGAAAAAAAGGUGAAACAUUCUAAGCUAGCUGAAGGUGUAGAACAAGCAAUCACUGAUAAAAAAUAUGUGUCUGGUGUUGAUGUUAGUCAGGUUGAUAUGUGCUACCCAGCUAUUAUUCAGUCAGGUGGUAAUUACAGCUUGAAGUUCAGUGUAGUUAGUGAUAAAAAUACCCUGCAUUUUGGGGCGAUUAUAUGUUCUCUAGGUGCCAGGUAUAAAUCAUAUUGUUCAAACAUCAUCCGUACUCUGUUAGUAAACCCAACUGAAGCAGUUCAAAAUAACUACAACUUCUUACUGAUUGUUGAAGAAGAAGUACUUAAGAAACUGCAACAUGGUACAAAAUUGUCAGAUGUUUAUGAUGUAGGGUACAAUUAUAUCAAGAAAGAAAAGCCUGAACUUGCAGAACAUGCUACUAAGAAUUUUGGGUUUGCCAUGGGCAUUGAAUUCAAAGAAAGCUCUCUUAUGAUUGGUCCAAAAACUACAGCUGUAGCAAAGAAAGGCAUGAUAUUCAACCUGAAUAUAGGCUUUGCCAAUUUGGAAAACAAGGAGGCCACUGAUAAGGAGGGCAAGGUGUAUGCUCUGUUUAUAGGUGAUACUGUCAUGGUAAAUGAUGGUCAACCAGCAAGUAUAUUGACUGUGUCCAAAAAGAAAAUGAAGAACAUAGGUAUUUUCUUGAAGGAUGAUUCAGAGGAGGAAGAAAAUGAUGAAGAGAAAGAAAAUACUCCAAAAACGACUGAAGUGUUAGGUAGAGGAAAGAGAUCUGCUGUGUUAGACUCAAAGUUGAGAACAGAACAUAGUACUGAGGAAAAGAGGAAAGAACACCAGAAAGAACUAGCUCUUCAACUUAAUGAAAAGGCAAAAGAAAGAUUAGCUAAGCAAUCGGGUGCUAAAGACAAAGAGAAGGUUAGGAAAAACACAGUAUCUUAUAAAAAUGUCAACCAAAUGCCAAGAGUCACAGAAGUGAAAGAGUUAAAACUGUAUGUCGAUCAGAAAUAUGAAACUGUAAUUCUGCCCAUAUAUGGUGUUCCGGUACCAUUCCAUAUAUCCACCAUAAAGAACAUCUCCCAAUCUGUUGAAGGAGACUAUACAUACCUGAGAAUUAAUUUCUUCCAUCCUGGAUCCACAAUGGGAAAAAAUGACGGUACAUAUACAAAUCCAGAAGCCACAUUCCUCAAGGAACUGACUUAUCGCAGUACAAAUACCAAAGAACCAGGUGAAAUUUCACCUCCAUCCUCAAACUUAAACACCGCUUUCCGUUUGAUUAAGGAAGUGCAGCGGAAAUUCAAGACUAGGGAGGCUGAAGAGAAAGAAAAGGAGGAUCUGGUGAAACAGGAUACUUUGGUACUCAGUCAAAACAAGGGUAAUCCGAAAUUAAAGGAUCUUUACAUCAGGCCCAAUAUAGUAACAAAACGUAUGACCGGCUCUCUAGAAGCGCACACGAACGGUUUCCGUUACACCUCUGUGCGAGGAGAUAAGGUGGACAUACUGUACAAUAACAUCAAAAAUGCCUUUUUCCAACCUUGUGAUGGUGAAAUGAUCAUCCUGCUGCAUUUCCAUCUCAAACACGCCAUUAUGUUUGGCAAAAAGAAGCACGUCGAUGUACAGUUCUACACUGAGGUGGGUGAAAUCACUACUGAUUUGGGCAAACAUCAACAUAUGCACGACAGAGAUGAUUUGGCAGCUGAACAGAGUGAAAGAGAAUUGAGGCAUAAAUUGAAAACUGCCUUCAAGAGUUUCUGUGAAAAGGUGGAGUCAAUGACGAAACAAGAAAUUGAAUUCGACACCCCGUUCCGCGAGCUCGGCUUCCCCGGCGCUCCAUUCCGAUCCACCGUCCUCCUUCAACCGACCUCCGGAUGCCUGGUGAACCUUACCGAAUGGCCGCCGUUCGUUAUCACCUUGGAAGACGUCGAGCUGGUGCAUUUCGAAAGAGUCCAGUUCCAUCUGAAGAACUUCGAUAUGGUGUUCGUCUUCAAAGAUUACCACAGGAAAACGGCUAUGGUGAAUGCCAUUCCUAUGAACAUGCUGGAUCAUGUUAAGGAGUGGCUCAACUCGUGUGAUAUUAGAUAUUCGGAAGGCGUACAGUCUCUGAAUUGGGCGAAAAUCAUGAAGACUAUUACUGACGACCCUGAAGGAUUCUUUGAAAGUGGAGGCUGGACGUUCUUGGACCCAGAAUCUGAUGCCGAGGCUGCAGAAGAAGAGGAGAGUGAAGAUGAGGAUGAACCAUAUCAACCAACUGAUGUGGAGGAUGAAGGUUCGGAAUGGAGUGAGGAAGAUUCAGAAUAUUCUGAAGGUGAUACUGAAGAUGAUGAUGAUGCCUCAGAGGAGCUUGGUAGCGACGAGGAAUCGGGCAAAGACUGGUCAGAUUUGGAACGAGAGGCAGCGGAGGAGGACCGCCAAGUGACCCGGUUCGAUGAAGAGGACGACGGCGGCCGAAGGGGGAAGGGCAAGAUGUCAUCUAAGGACAAAGGAAGCGGCAAGCACUCGUCCUCGCACAUCAGCAGCAAGGACAAGAACAAGCAUCAUUCCAGUAGUAGCAGCAAAGAUAAGGACCGGCAUUCUAGCGGAAAGCAUUCCUCCUCAUCAUCUAAGGAUAAGCACCAUUCGAGCUCUAAGGAUAAAGAUAGGCAUAAUAGGUAUGACAGUAGUCGAGAUAAGGACAAACACUCAUCAUCCUCGACAAAACAUAAAUCUUCAAGUAGCAGCUCGAAUCAUCAUUCAUCGUCUCGAGAUAAGGAUCGCCACAAGAGCUCUUCAUCUCACUCCAGCGACAAAAAACGUAACAAAGAUAACGACAUCUCGGAUAGGCACAAGUCAAAGAAGUCCAAGAAGUAGUUUAGAUCACCUGAUAAUUUGUAAGGUUUUAAUUUGAAUUUUCGCACGAAAUCUCAGCUAGGCUAGUAGGGUCGAUAAAUUAAUUAUUUUUCCAUAAUGUUUUGUGACAAAGAGGGUUUUAAUAGUCGACAGCAGUGGUCCGGAACCACUGGUGGUUCGCUACACCAAAAAUGCUCAAAAACACAAUAGACCUCCUUGGAAAUAGAAGAAUUGGUACUCGUUUAAUAGCUUCUUGUAUUGUGCCCUUUUUCUAUCAAAACAUUGUUAAAUUUGGGAAAAAUGUUACUCAUUCGUCGUACUAGCUAGGGGAUCCAAUCUCGUAAGAUAUUCGAAUCCCGGGGUUUCGGGAUUAUCAUUCUUGUAAUCCCUGGAUUUAAAAUUAAUUAUUAAACAUAUUUUUGUUAACUUUUAUUGGCUAUAGCAAACUUAAAAUACAUUUUCUAGUAAACAAGUGAACAACAUAAACAAGUACUUCAAAAAAAAAAAUAAACAACGGUAAAUAAAAUACUUUUUCUUAUAAAUAUGGAAAUCAAAAAAUAAAAAUAUAAAAUACAAACAUUACAUGCUAUUCACGACCUUUAUUUAUUCUCUCUUAGAAAAUACCUAAAAAAAUUAAAUUACCUAACAGAUGAAUGGAACUUGGUUAAUAUUAAACCGGCUGCUGAGAAACAUUUUUCAGCUUCAACACUGGUUGGUGGUAUGGUGCAUAAAAUAUCAUGCUGGUUGCAGAUUAGGUCCAUGUUGGCCUCCAUUUUUAAAAAGUUCCACUUCUUGUGACACUCUUCUAGGUUCUGACAUACCUGAACUGAUGUAGGCAAAAUUUGUUUCUGUAAUGCCUGGUUUAGUUGUUCUUUUCGUCUGUUUCUUUUUCAGGCCUAUCAAUUCUGGCAAGUGGUAAUCCCGGGAUUGGAUCCCAUAGUACUAUAGCUGUUCAUAAAAUUUGAGACGUCAUUCGCCAAAUUUAGAUAUUUUGUAUUUAUAAUUAUUUCUUAACCUAGACGCGUAUGAAAUUAGCAAACCUUGUAUUACAAAUUGUCUUAUUUUGUUUCCUGUAGAUACCAUAAUUUUAGUAGCCUUUUUUGUUAUGGCAUCUUACUAGUAGAAAUAUUUUAGUUUGUAUAGUAACAUUUUAUUUGUGAAUGUAUGUUUCUUUCAACUCGUUCGUGGAUAUUCAACUUCAAAGAUAUGAUGUCUGAAAAUAAAAUUUACACAUAAUUUUUUUCAA